AUGGACCUUCUUGAUGUUCUCGUAUGCAUCGCACUCACCAUCUUCCUCGUUUUCCUGGGCGUUCCUCAGCCUCCACAAGAGCAUCAGCCUCUACAAAGGGAGACGACGUCUGAGUCCCAAGACGAUCCAGAGACGCCACGACUGACUAUCGACAAUGUUCAAACACCCUACAAUGAGGACGAGAUCGUCAGCCUCGUUACCGAGCUGUACGAGCUACUCAUCAAGCUAGCGUACAUAGGUCGAGAUCACAUCACGUGGCCUCCGUCCGGCGGCCAUGCCAUCAACGAGGACUCGUGUCGCGAGCUUCAACUUGCCCCCGAAGUCAUCUCGCUUCUGAAAAGGCUUCCGUACGUUAAUGAGCACUGCCGCUAUGUUCUUCAUCUGUUCCCAAACUCGGAGCCGUUGUCGUAUCUCCAAGAUAGCGACCUGGAGCGCAGCCGCGAUCCGGCCGCGUCUCCGCAUAGACCGAGGCGUGAUUACAUUCUCCCCCACGACAUACCCCUAACGGGUCCGGGUGAUGAGGGUCCGUACUUCGUGCUGGACGUCAGAGAGAAUACGAUUCGUGAGAUUCCUUGGGAUGAAGAUCCAGACGACAGAAAUCCGGAUUCCUGGAAGCUCGAGCGGCCCGAUGACCUGCGUUACUAUCGCAACUACUAUCCUCAGCACGCCCCGUCAUUCUUUCGCCGUUUCUUGGAGAAAAUUGAGACGUUAGAGGUCAUCCCGUCCGGCUGUGAGCAGUUUGAGAGACAGUACUACGGCCCUGAGCAACCUCAGAUUCGUAAUGCUGCUAUGCGGACUCUCAUCGAGACGUAUGGCUGGCCUGAUGGCUUUCGUCAGGUCGAAUGGGAGCACGACGUGGAAAGGGUCUGGGUUAGCAUCAUCCGUCAUUCUUUGGAUUGA